AGCAAACCUCGAGACAGAGAAAGAGAGAGGUUGAGACUCACACCACAGUGAGGAGGGGGCGGGGGCGGUGAAGGAGUCAGAGACAGCGGGAAAGAGACAGAGACAGAUCCAGAGAGACAGCCAGGAGCAGGCAGAAGAGAGGGGCGGGGGGAAGAAAGGCAGAAAUCGAGGCUCUCCCUGAAUGCAACAUAAAGGGGGAGAAGAAAAACCCGGGGCCAUAACAACUAUACCCCAGAUGCAACGCAAACAACGACUUCCUCAAGAUAACACAGAUUCUGUGAGAGACAAAAUCAUAAAUUACAAAACAGAAAUGAAUCUCAAACAACUUCCAUCCGUUUGUACCUAGAAAAAAGGCAAGAUAUCCCUUCAAAACAAACAAACCUGGUCCAGAAAACGCCUCCAGCAGGAAAAGAAAGAAACCACAACACCAGAAGGGCUCCAAGAGGCAGAAACAAACGCUGAAAGCAGCGCACCUCUCUGAACCUCGGAUGCUGCCAUGGACUUUGUUGCACUUUUCUGCUCAGAGCAUUAAUUACAGCCUUCUCUUCUGAAUUUGGGGGAGGGAUAAAAACAGUGUAAAUUCGCCCAUUCCCAUUGGGCCUUAUUACAUUGAGGACUUCUUUCAUCCUUGGAGAUAACUUUUCCAAUGAACCAUUCAGCCUAUAUUAAUAUUUAGCUGCUUUUUUAAAUUUAAAGGCUGCACUUAGCACUUAAAAGACGGGCGUUUCCAAGUUUGCUGAAGCUGUCUCUUUUGCCAACAAGUCAAUCCCUUUGGGAACUAAGCCUGGAUCCUUUUUCAUACCUAUUACUACUCCCCUCAAAAAAAAAAAACCCUUCAUUUUAAAAAUCAAAAGAAGUAACAACAAUCAAAAGCCAUUUCAGGUACUUUUCUUUUGUUGUUGUUGUUGUUGUUGUUUUUAAAUCAAUUUAUUUUUAGGAGGAGAGAGUAACAGAUAAGGUGGUGGGGUGAGACAGGAAGGGAAGACAGAGGUAGCAGCCCCGCAGCUGGGGUGGAAAGGAAAAGCAGAGUGAAAUUGCGGGAGUUAGGGUUGCGGGGUGCCUUUUUCGCAAGCUGCAGGGCUACCACUAGUGAGUGAGCCUUGGAUCCCUCAACGUACUGCGAGACCCCGGUGUAUAGCCCGGACCUGUGCCCCAACAUGAUCGCCGCUCAGGCCAAGCUGGUGUACCAGCUCAAUAAAUACUACACAGAGCGAUGUCAGGCGCGCAAGGCGGCAAUCGCCAAGACCAUCCGCGAGGUCUGUAAAGUGGUCUCGGAUGUGCUUAAAGAAGUGGAGGUGCAAGAACCUCGCUUCAUCAGCUCCCUCAGUGAGAUCGAUGCCCGCUAUGAAGGGCUGGAAGUUAUCUCUCCCACCGAGUUCGAGGUGGUGCUCUACCUCAACCAGAUGGGCGUUUUCAACUUCGUGGACGACGGCUCGCUGCCUGGAUGCGCAGUGCUCAAGCUGAGUGAUGGUCGUAAGCGAAGCAUGUCUCUCUGGGUGGAGUUCAUCACCGCAUCAGGCUACCUCUCUGCGCGCAAGAUCCGCUCACGCUUCCAGACACUGGUGGCACAGGCCGUAGACAAGUGCAGCUAUCGAGAUGUGGUGAAAAUGAUCGCGGACACUAGCGAGGUGAAGUUGCGUAUCCGGGAGCGUUACGUGGUGCAAAUCACGCCAGCGUUCAAGUGCACCGGGAUCUGGCCCCGCAGCGCUGCCCAAUGGCCUAUGCCCCAUAUCCCUUGGCCUGGCCCCAACCGAGUGGCAGAGGUCAAGGCCGAAGGGUUCAACUUGCUCUCCAAGGAGUGCUACUCCUUGACAGGCAAGCAGAGUUCGGCAGAGAGUGACGCCUGGGUGCUUCAGUUCGGAGAGGCUGAGAACCGACUGUUGAUGGGCGGCUGCCGGAACAAGUGCUUAUCAGUGCUGAAGACUCUUCGGGACAGACACCUGGAGCUGCCAGGCCAGCCGCUCAACAACUAUCACAUGAAAACCCUGCUGCUGUAUGAGUGCGAAAAACACCCUCGGGAAACUGACUGGGACGAAGCGUGCCUAGGAGACCGGCUCAACGGUAUCCUGCUGCAGCUCAUCUCUUGUCUGCAGUGCCGGCGCUGCCCCCAUUAUUUUUUGCCCAACCUCGACCUAUUUCAGGGCAAGCCUCAUUCUGCCCUGGAGAGCGCAGCCAAACAGACCUGGAGGUUGGCCAGAGAGAUUCUCACCAAUCCCAAAAGCCUGGAUAAAUUAUAGGGUAGUGGAGACUACUUAGAAAAACAACAACAAACUCCCAUCACACUUCAGAAAAACAAAAACUCCAAAACAAAAUUUUAUUUAAUCUACAAGACAACGAACAACAACAACAACAACAACAAACCUCACCACCAGAUAGAAGAACGUUUAACAAACAAAUCACCUUGUACAGGAGUGAUCUUUCGUCCCCCCAAAAAUGUGAAUUUAAAAGAUCACACAAAAGAAGCAAUCGGACUUUGCCACAACAAAACGAAACCCAAGGUACAUUUUCAAAUCCAUGUAUAGUAAUCUUUUCCUGUUUUUAUCUCCUCUAUUUUUUUUUGUUUGCCUGAAUGUUGUCACCAAGUGAAAAAAAAUUAUUUAACUAUAUGUACAAAUUUCUCUUUUAAAAAAGUUUUACUGAUGUUAAAUGUAUUUCAGUGCCAACGUCAGAUUAUGUGCCCUUCUCUCUCUUGCACCUCUACCCUUACCUUAAACCCACUUGUUGAAAACAGUAAUAAAAUAUUACUUUAACUUUG